AAGCCAGUCAACAUCUUCACGUUCAAGAAGAACGGAAAUGAACCCCCAGAGGUUCUGAACUGGAAGCUAUGGUUCGCAGUUCUCUCUUUCGGUAUCAUGGGUGCUGCCCGUGGUAUCGAUGAGGGUUUGAUCUCUGGAACAUUUGCAACCAAGCACUUCCAAAACUCCCUUGGCCUCAACAAGCUCGACACCGUAGACCUUGCUCAGGUCAAGGCCAACGUCUCCGCCAUGGUCCAGAUUGGCUCGGUUGGAGGUGCCCUUUUGGCCUUCGUCCUUGCUGACCGCAUCGGUCGUCUCUGGGCCACUCGCCAGCUCUGCCUUGUGUGGAUGCUCGGUAUCGUUAUCUUCAUGACUAGCACUGUCGGAGGCAAGGGCCGCUUGGGUCAGGUGUAUGCAGGACGUUUCAUCGCUGGUUUGGGUAUCGGCCAGACCACUGUCAUUGCUCCUGUCUACAGUAUGUUUCCCCAACACCAGGCAUUUGAANUCUCUGAAAUCGCUCCUAAGUCCGUUCGUGGUUUGUGCACCUGCGUCUUCUCCGGUUCCGUCUAUAUCGGUAUUAUGCUUGCCUACUUCGCCUCUUGGGGUAGCUCUCUCCACAUCCCCAAGACUUCGCCCACCUCAUGGGAGGUUCCUACCUCAAUUCACUUGAUGUUCGCUGGUCUCAUCUUCAUCCUUUCGUUCUUCAACUACGAAUCGCCUCGUUACCUGAUCAAGGCCGGUCAACGCGAGCAUGCAGUAGCCAACCUGGCCCGUGUCCGUGGACUGCCCAUCGACCACGAGAUUGUACAGGGCGAAAUCGCCGAUAUCGAGAACCAACUUCACGAGGAACAGGAAGCCACCAUGGGCCAAGGUGCCAUGGGCUAUAUCAAGGAGAUGUUCUUCAUGCCCAACAACGCAUAUCGCCUUUACAUUGGCCUCGGAAGUCAGGUGCUUUCGCAAUGGUCUGGUGCUCAAUCUAUGACCGUCUACGCUCCCGACUUCUUCGCUCUCCUCGGAACCAAGGGUCAAAAUGAGAAACUCUUUGCUACUGCCAUCUUCGGUGUUGUCAAGUUCGUCGCUGCCAUCGCCUGUGCCCUCUUCUUGGUCGAUUGGAUCGGUCGCAAGCGCUCUCUCAGCAUCGGCAUCGCCUGCCAGGCCAUCAGUAUGGCUUACGUCGCUGCCUUCCUUACCGCUGUGCCUGGCAUUGAGGACAAAGGUUUCGAGUUCAGCAAGAGCCAAAAGUCUGCUUCUACCGUCGCCCUUGUCAUGAUCUACCUUUCCGGUUUCGGUUGGGCCAUGGGUUGGAACUCGAUGCAAUACCUCCUCAACGCUGAGAUCUACCCUCUCCGCAUCAGAGCCAUCUCCUCGUCGCUGGUCAUGUGCUUCCACUUCGUCAACCAGUACGGUAACUCGCGCGCUGUCCCUCUUAUGCUCCUCGACCACAAGGAGGGCGGUCUCGGCCCUGCCGGUACUUUCUGGCUCUUCACUGCCAUCACCAUCAUCGGUGGUAUCUGGGCCUGGUUCACCAUCCCCGAGACCUCUGGCAGAUCCCUCGAGGGUAUCGACAAGCUGUUCGAGCUUCCCUGGUACAAGAUCGGUCGCUUCGGUGCCCAGGAGGCCGAGAUCAGCGACCAGUACGAGGCCGACAAGAUCGACGAGAAGAAGGCCAACGUCCAGAUCAUCGAGCGCGCUGUC